CUCUCAAGCACAGCAUGCACCAGGCUGAAAGUGUUGCUUCCUUGAGAGCUUUUCACUGGUCUUUUUGUGCCAAACCCACAUGCUACAGUGCUCCGGACCAUGGCCGCUACCCUGCAGAAGUUCAUUCAUUCUCUGGACCUCAGAGCCCUUCCCAGGGUCCUCCAAAUCCAGUCAGGCAUCUAUUGUCAAGACUCCGUCUAUGAGAAGUUUGGAAAAGAAUUAUCCCUCUCAACAGAAGAAGUCAUUAAAGUUAUUGGCUUCAAAAUUAAUAAACUCAUAGCAAGUAUCUGUGAGAAUAAUGAAGUCAGCCAGUUUUCAGCCAAAGUGGAAUUACCACUAAACUUUCCUGGUCUUUAUAAGGUUGUGGCAGAUAAGACUCCAUAUGCCAGCAUUGAAGAAAUUGCAAGAAAAGUCUCUAUUGGGCCAACAAGAUUUGGCCAUCCUACUUUCUACAGUGCCAAGGAUAUAAAAUUGGCAAAUUUCACUAUCAAACAUGAUGAGCAGAUCAUCUUCAACUCUGUAGAAGAGGUCCAUGGAAUGAUGGCUGUGAAGUGUGUUGUGGUCAGAAAUAAUCAGUCUCAUUCUUUUACUUUGCCCUUUUCACAAGAAGGAGAAUUCUAUGAGUGUGAAGAUGACCAGAUAUACACCCUAAAAGAGAUUGCAGAAUGGAAAAUCCCUAGGUGUAGAAACCGGAUUGUUAAACUUGCCAAUACUUUACACACGUGGGACUCCUCUAAUCCACUUCCUGAGAAUUUUGAUGGCUGUUUGAUUCUCACGCCUGUCUACGAAGUGCAGGCAGUAAUGAAAUUUCGAAAGGACAUUGUUCAUAUCCUCUCAGAUCUGGAUGUGGAGGUUGAGGAUGUAACAGACUGUUAUGAUAUUAGCUCUUUCCUUCAGCCAUUUUCUUUGGAAGAUUUAUUUGAGAGAACAAGCAAAGAAUUUCCUAUGGUUGCUGAGAUAAUGGAAGGGCCUUCGGGAAACCAAAAUCCUUAUAACUUAUUGUCUACAGGGAAAGAGAUUGUCAUCUACAAAAAGUACCAGGCAGCAAGAGUCCUAGCCUCUGAGAUGAGAAGUGGUUCCUCUAAAAGACAUUAUUUAAUCCCUAUGAGCUACAAAGGAAAGUUCAAGAGAAGACCUCGGGAGUUCCCAACUGCCUAUGAUUUAGACAUAGCAAGAAGUCAAAAAGAGCAUCUUCAUGUUGUAGCAACUAAAGCCUUUACUUCCCCUCAUCAAGAACUUUUUUCUGUUUCAGUUGGGGAUCAAUUUCUAGUUCAACAAUGCCAGACUAGUGAAGUUCUGUACGAGGGAAGAAAAAAACUCAUAGAUGUUUUAGCUUGUGAGCAAAUACUAAGUGAUUCAUAUAAAAAAGUGCUCCUCCCUAUGUACAUGGAAGGUGGCUUUGUGGAAGUGAUUCAUGACAAGAAACAGUACCACCUCUCUGAGAUUUGCAAAGAAUUCCAUUUCCCUUUCAAUGUCAAAGUGUCCGUGAGGGACCUUUCCAUGGAGAAAGAUGUCUUGGCUGCUGCACCUGGUCUGCAGUUUGAAGAAGAAAUCACAGACUCUUACCUGCUGAUCAGUAGUGCCAGCAGUCCAGUGGAGAGCUGGGAGAUUCCUGUGUAUCGCUUAAACAUGUUGGUUCAUUUGCUCAGCAAAGAUGUCCAGACAGUUGUACCGCCUGUGACUGGGACAACAGUGGAAGAGGUCAGUGAAGAGGAAUACUAUAUGUUGCGAAGAUAUGAAAACCUAACCCUCCAUCCACCACCCAGACCCCCCAAAAAGCCAACAACAGCACAACAACCUACUUUUGCAGCGCCUAAUCAAGGUGCGUCUGAUGUACUACAGGCUCCAAAGAAUUUCUACAUAGACACCACCAAGAAAUUGUGCUCAGAUCAAGAUACUGCUGUUUUGGAAUUGCAAGUUAAUUGGCAAAAUGAUUUGGUGCAUUGUGAGAAUAAGGACAUGACUGGGAAAGCUACGCUAGUGGAAACCGCUGUGACUAAAGACCUAGCAAGAAACUGUGAGGCAGAAGAGGAAGAGGAAGAAGAGCAUGACUACAGCUAUAUUGAUGAAAACAUAAUUGAAAACAUAAGAAAAGUAUUUCAUGGCACCAGAAAUGAGCAUACACUCUCCAAAGGAAGAAGAGACAUCUGAAGGAAAAUAAUUCUGAAAUUAACUGGAAACAAGUAGGAAACUGUGUCCUUCACACAUCAAGAUUGACCACAACUGUAAGAAAAAGCUGCUCGUGAAAGUGUCCUUCUUGACUCAUGGAGAGCAUACAAGGCUGUAAUUUAGCUAUAAUAAUCCCCUGUGAAACUAAACUGCUUACUUGUCCUAAAUAAGAAGUCAAACCAGCUAAUGUCUCAUGACCCUUUGAAGGGACAAAGCUCUUCUGUACAUAUUUAUUAGUGAAUUCAGAGAAUGAUGCCAAGUCCAAUCCUUCAUUCUUACUGCGCCUGAAAUUCCAGUUAUUUCCUGAACUUCUGUAGGGCAUAUGCAAAAGGAAAUCCCUUACUGAAACAGCUGCAUGGUUGCUUCCUUUGGGUUUUGGUUUUUUGUUGUUUUUCUUUUUGAGAAGGAAAGUGUAAUGAAGGAUUAUCUAAGGUGGACAUUCAUUUCUUUAGCCAGUUUUACGUGCUUCAGGUUAAGGCUCAAACUGGAAAUGACCAGAUUCGGUCACUUUUUCACAUGAUGAAAAAAGCACAAGUCGUACCAUUGCACAACAUGUAAUUUGUCCUGGAAGGCAAAGUCACUCCUCUCACAAGGCCUGGGAGUGCCUAAAUUGUGUAGCACUGCCAUCUUUAUAACCCUUUCUACUGCUAAUAUCCAGAAUCACACUAAAGUUAUUAUAUUCAGCAAUUUGCUGAAACUGCAGUCACGAAGAAUUCGUGUCCAUACCAUCCCUAUCCACCCAGGAUAGUUGCAUAACCCUCUGGCAAUAAUUUGACUUCCAGGGAAAAAUAUCAACCAUCCCUAUCCACCUAGGAUAAGUUGCAUAACCCUCUGGCAGUAAUUUGACUUCUAGGGAAAAAUAUUAAGAACUGAUAUCUAAACACAUAGUUGAUGUGCCAGGGAUUCCCAGAGUCAACAGCAGCUUGAUCAGAGUGGGAUAUCCAGAAAUCAGCAGGGUGGAGAAAGGGAAUGUGUUUAGAAAGCCUGGACAUACCCUAUUUCUGCUUCUACUGGGUAGUUAAAAAGCAGAAACUCCAAAAAAGCCUUAGUAUACCUUAAAGCAAAAGUCUUUUCAAGUAGACAGUAAAGUGUCUUCAGACUUGUCUAUUAACAUUCUACUGAAUGAUUAAUUUUCACUAAUGCAAAUUAAUUUAGGAUUUCUUAAUAUUGUCUCACAUUAAUUUAUUCAAGAUAAAUGUUCAUCCUCGUUAAAAUCAGUUACAAUUUAAGUAUUAAUAAUAUUGCUUAGAGUACUUUGAUUUCAUGCAUAUGUAGCAUACAAUGUUUUGCAUAUCUGGUUAAUAUGGCUUGCAGGUGUGUACAAAAGUGGCUGUCAUAUCACUUGUGGGUAUUUUAAAUACAUAUCAAGCAUUUAAAAAAAAAUCUGUAUGUCUCUUUUGGCAGCUCAAAACAGUCCCAUUUGUUUCAGCAGACUGGUAUUUGAAUAAAAGGGGUUUUUUUAUAGUCUACUGAUUUUUUUUCUUUUUUUUUUUUUUUUUUAACCUUACUACUGAAUGUGAUGUCAUCUGCUGGAUUUCUGAAAGUUAUGAUAUGUUACUACCAUGAUUUCCUUCAGUAAAGUACCAGGUAUCGAUAGAAGAAAGGAGGAGAGGAAAGCCAACAACCUUCUGGGCUGUGGUGCCAGGAUGUGCCAGCAGGUAGAGGGAGGUCAUUCUUCUCUCUGUUCAGCACUGGUGAGGCUACAUCUGGACUGCUGUGUCAGUUCUGGGCUCCCUGGUGCAAGAAAGAUGCAGACAUAUUGCAGUGAGUCCUACAAAAGCCCAUGAGGAUGGGCUUGAGGACGUGGAGAUUCUGGCAUACAAGGAGAGACUGAGAUAGCCUAGAAAAAACAAGGUGUCCUCUAGUUGCUGUAAGUGUUAGGAUGGGUGCGAACAAAGUGGGUGCAGUAACUUUCCCAACAAACAUAAGAUUCUUUCAGAUAUUCUAAAUUGGCAUUUGGGAUCUAGUGAAAAAACCCAAAGGCUUAUCAGCCCUUUCUGGAAAUUCUUAUCUUUAAAAUGCUUCCAAAGAAGCAAUUUCUCUUCUUUGUAUAGAUCUUCUCAUAUAAGGAGCCUGGUUCUGUCACCCUUGUCAUGUGAUGCAAUUCUGUCUUGUGUAUUCAGCCUCACUGAAUUGAAUGAGUUUCAGUCUUCUGAGUAAAAGGUGGCAGUUUAAUGAACUCUGUAAAUAUAUAAGUAGCAGAGAUGUUUCCCGCAUCUUUUCCUCAGGCACAUGAGCCAACAUCAUGUCCUAUGACAGAAAUGGGAACUAUCCUGGCUGUUCAGUUUACAUGACACAGUGGGAAAAUGCCAUUUGCAUUCAGUUCUGGAUGGAAGAGAGAACAUGGUGCUCUCUUGUUCUGUGAAGAAAGGAUAUCCAAUCUUGCUGGGGAAAGCAGAGGGGAAGAAGGAAGCAUGAAGUAAGAUCCUAAUAAAAGGUUUGUGUUCAAUAUUAAAGACCUAAUAAGUAUUGUGGCUCCCUUAUGGCAUACAGAUGACCACAGUGAUUUCAUACUGUUUGCUAAUAUGUGUUUGACAAAGCUAUAAUGUCAUGGCAAUCCUUGAGGGACGCAGUUAUCACUCCUGGACAUUAAUGCUCAAGAAGACUGCAUUCAGGAAGGGAAAGCCAUAUUUAGCUGAACACAGACCACAAUUGCUAUGCCUGAAGAGAAUACAAGUGUAUUUAAAUAAUAAGAUAUUUGCUUUGCAAAAGAUUGGCAUAAGCUUUUGCACAGACUUGUUAGCUUAAAGGCUUUAUCUCUUUUAAUGCUAAGAAGUGUUUCCAGUGAGUUCUCACUGAGGACCUGAUCAGAAGCAGCUGUUUCCACAGCACUCCAUGUGUGCAUAAGCCCUUAGUGAGACAGAAUUUUCUGUUUGGAUGAUCAACAUGCACAUUUUUGUAUAUAUCCAGUCUUUGUGCCCGGGAAGAUAAGAAGAAUCUUCUCCCUGCAUUAUUCUUUAAACUCCAAAACUCUUUUGUUUACAUGACACGUCACAGGAACACUUAUCUACCACAAUGCUCCCAAUAUGAAACCACUAUUUAUUCACUUAACGCAUAUGAUAUCUUUCGUACCCCUUCUAAGACUGUCCAGGUCUUUUCCUUACAUUUUUAGACUUUGAUGCACCUUUACCAUGUAAAUUUUCAACUUCCUGAAACCAUGUUAAAAUUCUCUCUAAAGAGAAUGUUCUCUUGCUUCUACUUCAUGUAUUAGUGGCAGGUUUUGCUGUUUGUUUAUUUUUUAAUUUUCCUCCCUUGUUUUCUUAAUGUAUACAUGUGCUGGGAGUAUUCUUGUGCUUCACAAUAAUAAAUCUCUUUGAUAAACUUA